AUGCCUGUCAGCGCGACCUCUGCCUCCAGUUUGCACCAGAUUCAUGAACUACUUCAGGCAGAAAUUUCAAUGGAUCACUUUCCAGGAGAUAAAUACAUGAUGCUUACAGAGAAGAACCACGGCCUCCUCUCCGUAUCCGAACUGCUCGUCAACGUGACUCGAGCGGACGACACGACGCGGGUCAAAUGUACGGCAGAGAACCCCGCUGUGCCUGGCUCCGUCCUAAGCAACUAUACCACUCUCACCGUGCACUAUCCCCCUUCAGUGACAGCCUCCUUAGGGCGGUCCUUGAAACCUGAUCUCCUGAAGGAAGGUGAUGAUGUCUACUUCACGUGCAGUGUGGCCGCGAAUCCCCCGGCUUCCACCAUCACUUGGUAUCAUGAGGAGGAGAAUAUUCAGCAUGGGCAGGCUAUACUCCACCCCUCUCUUCUCCCUCAGGGGACGGUGCAGGUGCAAAACGUGUCUCAGGGGGUGAUCGUGUCCGGGGAGAGCCUGGUACUGCAGAAAGUGAGGCGAGACAAAGCAGGGAAGUAUAAGUGCGGAGCCUCCAACGCCCUGGCCACCGUCACCAGCGCCCCCGUCCACCUCAAGAUCCGGUACAAACCCGAGUGCCAGACGUCGCCGACCACCUACUUCAUCUACGACAAGCCCAUCAACGUGACGUGUACAGUGUCGGCGCAUCCUCCCGUCCAGACCAUCACGUGGCAGUGGAAUAGCAGUGAGGAGGUCGUCGCUAUUCAGCAGGUGAGAGCAGGACGCCUCGAGCAGAUCACGGCCCAGCUGACCGUGCAUCCUGUGGAAAGCAAAGAGGACCGAAUUCUCUCCUGCUGGGCUGUGAACGUCAUGGGGAAGCAAGAGCACGCGUGUGGCUUCUCGAUCAAGGUUGCAGAAAUGCCGCUGCCCCUGUCGUCUUGCCGCCUGGCCAACAUCACUGCUUCAUCACUCAGCCUCACUUGCCAGCGCCCGCACGUCACCACCACGGGCACUACACUCUACAGGGCUGAGGUCUACUUCGAAAACCGGACGCUCUUCGCCAACGUGACGUCCAACCGCCCCAGCUUCAACGUGAGUCGACUGGAUGCAGGAACGAGCUACCAGAUCAAAGUCUACGUCACUCAUGGUCCCGUGACGUCCCCUCCUGUGGUAGUGUCCGCCUAUACGUCUAGGUCUUCGAGGACGCCAGAGAAAAACGGCGACGGCCUGACCGACGGCGACGCGGGCGGAGGCGGAGGCGGCGGCGGCGGCGGCGGCGGGGCGGGCGGCGGCAUGACGGAGGCGGAGGACACGGAGGACCGAGGGCGUCGAGGGAGCGUCAUCUCCCGCAUGAACGGCGUGACGGUGGGCGGCGUGGUGGGCGGCGUCGUGGGCACGGUGGUUCUCCUGGUGGGCGCCGUGUGGACGAGGCACUACUGCAUCGUGGUCAGGCGGAGGAAGAUGAGGAGGAGGAAUGCGAGCGAUGAAGCCAAUCCCGACGUCGUGCCCAGCGUUGGAUUCAAAAGACGCAUCUUGCAUAUAUUUGUACCAUACUUUCCUGCACGUCGUUUGAUCACCCUGGCGGACAAGGCGAGUCAUCCCGGCAUCGUUUCUGGACUAAGGCACCGCCGACGACGACGCCUGCGCGGGAGGCCUCAGCCGCCAGAGCAUCGCGGAGGAGGACGAGGACCAGGACUCCGACGGCGACAUGGGCGGAGGGUUCCCGGCCGCCGCCGCCCGUGGGGCUCGUGGAGUCACAGGGCGGCAACAGGCACAGCAUCGCCGCCUUCAUGGGCGGCCGCGGCUCCGACGAGAACGUGGGCGGCCUGCGCGGCAUGGGGACCCGCAACCGACACAGCUUCGCCGGGGGGGUCGGCGCCCCCGGGCUACUCCGGCGGCAUGAGCCGACACAGCUUCGCGGGCGGGCCGGUGCGCCACAGCCUCUCGGGCGGCUUCGGCCGGCACAGCAUGGGCGGCGGCGGCAUGCCUGCAGGCGGCAUGGCGACAGGCGGCGGCAUGAGCGGGGGCGUGACAGUGCCCCGGACCGGAGGGGCGAUCAACAGGCACAGCUACGGAGGGCGGCAGGGCUCGGCCGGCAGCCUGGGCGGCGUGGGCGGCCUUGGGUCCCCAGGACGGCUCGGGGGCGUGGGCUCGCCCGUGCGGGUGGGCAGCGCCACAGGGUCGCCGGUGCGGGUAGGCAGCGCCAUGUCGGGCGGCUCGGGCGGCCGGAUGGCGAGCCUGGGGUCGGCUGGGCGGCUGGUGAGCCCGGGAUCCUCGGGCAGCCAGACGCCCGUGUCGGGCGGGGGCAUGAGCAGGCACAGCUUCGCGGGCGGCAUCGGCCAGAGGCCCGUGGGAGGGACCAACAGGCACAGCUUCGCGGGCGGCAUGAGCGGCCAGCGGUCAGCCGGCAGCCUGGGCAGCCUGGGCAAGGUGGCCGGGGGCAGCCGGCACAGCUACGCGGGCGGCUUCGGGUCCGGCGCGGGCGGCGUGGUCGUCAACCCGCUCGGCCAGACCUUCACCCUGCCAGCCCGGCCCCGUGGAGAGAUUUUCCCCGGGGGUAGCCUGCCCCGGUCCCUCAAGGAUAUCAAGAUGUCAACCAUUGCCCGCGCUGACGUCCACUGCCCCGUUGACCAACUCAUGAAGUCCACCGAGACCGUCGUGUAGGAGAUCACCAGUUCAGCUCCGCCUCUCUCUUCCCGCUUCGUUGCUGCCAUAUGCUGAUCCUCGCUCACCACGAACCAAUAUUUUCAUUUUUAAAUAAAAGUCAUGUAUAGUU